CUUUUUGCACAGGAUGCGUCCCGCCAGAGAUCCAAGCCCCAACAGGUGAUCGCCUUCGCUCCUUCUUGGUGCUAUCGUCAUAGCGCUGAAAAUGCGGCUCUGGUUAGCUUUGGCGUUAGUGACCUUGUUGAAUUUUGCCGCCGGACAAGAGUGUCACCGAAAUUUCACUAUAACUCCCAACGACAACACCACCAAGCUCUUCCAGUCUUGCACCACCAUUGUCGGGGAUAUCAACAUCCGCACUAGUAUUGAUGGCGAGCUGUAUCUUCGAGGAGUUUACAAUGUCACUGGCAAUAUCGAUUUUCGACCCGACUCCGACGCCAAUACCGACUCUCGACCCGUUGUCCAUUUUUUCAUCGCACCCGACUUGUUCUACCUCGGCGGGUUAAAUGUACACCAAGGCUUCUCGGUCUACGAGCUCUAUUUGCGGGACCUUGAGACCGUUGGCAAUAUCUCGGUGUAUGUGGAUGAAUACGCUCUCAAUCUGGAUCUUGGGUCGUUAGUUGAGGCAAAUUCCAUCAACAUCAGUAGAGCACUUAGCACUGUAGAUCUGGAUGAUCUGAAGACCGUCCAUGGUGCCCUCACCAUCGACUACCAUGCAGCCAACGAUAGCAGCAAUGAGCCCACAAGCUCCAAUUAUGGAAGGAUAGACUUCCCUUCGCUGGAGUCUGCGGGCUCUCUGAAUCUGGCUGGCGCAACGAAGAACAUAACACUCCCUAGAUUGACAUCUGUCGGUCCUUCCCCUGGGUCAGGAUCUGAAUCCGGUUUGACUCUUCACAUGGACAAACUGGAGAAGCCCAUUAAUCUGGAUUUGCCCAGGCUUGGAUCUGUGGAAGAUCAUUUGAAGCUAUAUGGGAAUGUUAAAGAAAUCCACGCUCCAAGACUAACCAAUUUCACCUCCAUGAACAUAACAUCGACCACAAAUCUAGACUGUGACUCAUUCCUCUCUAUAAUAGAGCAAUCAUCGCAGUAUCCCGAUAAUGGAUCGUCGGUCACCUGUACAUUUACCCCCUCCAAGGGUCUUAGUAAAGGAGCUAAGAUCGCAAUUGGUGUUGUUGUUCCUGUUGUUGUUAUUGCGAUCGUGGUGGGUAUUUUACUUAUGUGGAUGAAGAAGAAGUCUAGGCGGGAGAGUCGAGCGAGGAUGGGGUUGAGCAGGCUGGAUCUGGCGGGGACAGAGAGGGAGGCGAGGUCGGCAACACCCCCGCCGCCUUAUUCAUCUCAUGGGGCUAGAUGAUGGUCUUUUCGCCUGUUUAUAUCCUGCUCGUCAAACGGAAUGUGACACAGUACGGCCAAGUCUCAGCACUGUGGUCUGUGGAGCGAUAGGCGACCGUGUUGCCUAGUGGUGUCCUUGUUGUUGGAUCUUAAACUUUCAGUACCAGACUCAAUUUCGCCCAGGGUAGGAUGACCAUGAUUCCUUCCGCCUUUGCGAGGCUCGGAAAUCACCCAGCUCUACAUUCCCGCCGAC